AUGAACAAUAGGCUCAAGUCGUUGAUACAGAGCCGACAGAACCAGAAAGAGUUGAAUUCCGGACAAAAUCACAACUCGUUUGGCGGCGGUUCUGGUCCAGUGGCUCAACAACAGCCGCCGCCCCAACUGUCCGCACCCCCGCCCCCAUUGUCAUCAUUUCCAGGCCAAACGUUUAUUGUAGUCCAACAACAGUCCAGUAAUGGCAACAACACGUCGUUGAGUCCCCAUUACGGACAGACAUCUGUGCCGCAGCCAAACCCAGACACUGGUCAACAACCGCAGCAGCAGUUCCUUCACAUGAAUUGGUCACAACCAGCUCAGGAGCACAUGGAUACCGAUAGCCCGUACCACAAGAAUACGAAUGGGAUUAUCAAGUACUCAUUACACGACACUAACCAUACCGUCAAUCAUACGCUCUCGAGGCAGAGUCCACGACCCAACUCGCGGUCAUCGCCCGGUCGGGCCAGUCGUUCGCCGGCCAGUAGUGUGAAGAGCGAGCCAAUGGUGACGACGACAAUACCGGUCAACGGUAUGCAAUCCCAUCACCCAAACGACCAAACCAUAGAGACGGAGCCUUUUUUAGUGAAUACGACCACAACUAUGCACCCCUUCAACAACAACAACAACCACUCAGAUUUGACAACAUCUAUGAAUACAUCUACAGGUAUUAUCAGUUCAUAUAACAUGAGCCCCACCUCGCAGUCACAGUCACCUGCUUUCUACCCCUCAUCCCUCUACAUGCCUUCCAUAGGCCUACUCGACCCGAGCAGUCCUACUGUGAUAAUGAGUGUCUCCGGCGCUGGUCUCGACGCCACUAAGAAGUCAGUGGCCGAUGAACAACAGUCGCAGACAUCGGUCGGUCACAUGAUGUCAGGCAUAGAUUGUGGUCGUAUUGCGGAUCCGUUAGACCCGUCCCAUCAGACGGGACUCACGCUUAUGGACUUAACGUCGAUGACGUCGUUCAUCAAGAGUGACCCCAUGUGUGACCCGACCUCCAGCUCAUCGCCAUUCGACUCACAACACCACCAUAUGAUGACAUCGUUGUCGGGCCCGACAGCGACGACAGUGUUGCCGCCGGUGUCCACCUUUUUGUUGCCCAACUUUCGGGACCAGAACUGGUGGGCCGACAGACACAUCGAUCGGCUGAAGAUGAAUACGAAAGACCCGAACGAUUGCGAGUGUUAUGCGCCCGACGAACGUGAGUAUAACGGCUCCACCAGUCCUUCACACGCGACUACUUUGCCAGCAUCCCUGUCCAACUGA